UGUGCAUGGAUCGUGUCUCAUGCAUUUGUGUGUAUCGUGCUUGUUUACUCAUGUGUUUUAUGUUUUUAAUUUUGUUUUUAUGUCAAAAAAAAUUAAUUAAUCAAUUUUAGAAAUGUCUAAUUCUCUCGUUCAAAAAAGUUUGGAUAUAUUAAAUUCCGAAAAAGUAGUUAAACAAGGAAAAGUAAGAAGAGCAGAUAAGGGAAUAUUGGAUUUAAUUCCAGUCAAUCAUAGAUUAACCUCAAAACGGAGCAAGUCACGUAAAGAUAUAUUAAAGAGGCCAAAUAGAGUAACUGUUUACGAGGCUAAAAAACAAUUAGAAGUGAAGUCAGAUCCCACCGAAGAAAAUAUAAAAAAGCUUCUUUCUUUUGGCAAGACUACAAUUGAUUUCAAAACUGCAGAUAAACUACUUGAACGAGCAUUGAGGAAGCGAUAUAUCUCAAAAGAAGAAGUAAAAGAAACUGAAACCACUGUUUUCACUGAAGAAGACCGUAAAAAGUUUGAACUUGAAUAUUUCAACGAGGGAUAAGAAAAAAAUCUCAUUGAAUCGCAAUAAAUUAUGUUAGAUAGCGAUCACGAAAAAGGAAAAGCUAUUUUAAUAGUUACUUCGGCUAUUUUUUUAUA